AUGGCACCUUCAUUGGAUACUAGGCAAGAUAUGGCAGAAGUUGUAGUAUCAGAGCUAGGCAAGCAGGCUGUAAACAAGGCCAUCAAUGAAUGGGGCCAAUCCACAUCGAAAAUCACUCACUUAAUCUGCUGCACCACUAUGGGUCCAAGGAUGCCUGGGUUUGACUAUCAAGUUGUCAAGCUCUUAGGCCAUGCAUUGAUCUAUCUGUUAAAAGAAUCAUGUUCUGCUAUCAUAGUUGGUUCAAAUCCAAUGCUUGGUGUCGAAAAACCUAUUGUUGAACUAGUCUCUACAACAGAAACAUUAGUGCCUAAUAGUGCUGGAGCCAUUUGUGAAACUAUUCGUGAGCACGGUCUUAUAAUGCAUAUUGGAAAGGAAGCUCCUGAUCUUAUUGGAAACCACACUGAGAAUAGACUAAUUGAGGUAUUCCAUCCUUUGGGUAUCUCAGAUUGGAACUCGGUGUUUUGGGCAGCACAUUCUGGUGGGCGAGCAAUUCUGGAACAAGUUGAGGCCUAA